AUGCCUGCCGUGCUGCGCUCCCCGCUGCCGCGCAGCGUGCGCCGGAUGGCCGUGCUGGCGGCCGCGACAGCGCUGCUGGCUGCUGUGUGCCUGCCGGCCCCCGCCCGCGGCAGCGUGGAGUGGGUGCUGCAGCAGGUGCAGGUGCUACACCGCCACGGCUCGCGCUCGGCGGUGCCAUCCUACAACGCAACGGACAUCUGCGGCUCGACGCCGUGCGGGGAACUGAACCCCGAGGGCGAGACGAUGGUGCGGAACGUGGGCGAAUUCCUGCGCGCUCGCUACACCGCGGACGCGACGGUGGUGGACGCGCCGUUCUUGCCCUCGUCGGACUACGACCUCAGCGUUGUGGCGUCGCGCUCCACGGACGUGCAGCGCACGCUGCAGAGCGCACAGCUGCUCCUUGCUGGGAUGUUCCCGAACGCGAUCCGGCUGAUCCCUGCCAUCCACACCGUGCCGAUGUCCCAGGACACGAUGUUGAACACGUUCUCGCAGCCGUGGGUUGCGCUGUAUGCGACGUACGCUACUGCCGCCCAGCAGGCGCGAACGAACCCCGUGGUUGACCACUACUUUCCCGACUGGACGGAGCUCAGGGGUCUCGCUGCGGAGGUGUGGAGUGAGGGCUACUGCUCCAACUACGAGACGCGUCUGAACUGUGCCAUUAUGCUGUUCGACAUCGCCGCUGCCAAGCGCUCUGUAGGCAAGCUGCCAGCCGCUGUUGCCGCCCGGUACGACGACCUGCAUGCGAUUAUCGCAGAGUGGUUCCGCGGUAUGUGGCACUACGACGCCAGCAACCCCUUCCUCGUGCAGCAGGGCGGGCGCGGGCAGCCGUUCCUGCAGCAGGUGCUGACGAACAUGGACGACUUUAUCGCUGCCCGCAGCACGUACAAGGUGAUGCACUACAGCGGCCACGACAUCUCCCUCGCUGCCGUGUGGGGCACACUGGGCGACAGAAGUGCGUACGCGAUGCAGCCCACCUACGCGCAGACGUUUGUGCUUGAGCUUUUGAAGAGCGCGACCACCGGCGAGUACGGCGUGCGCGUGCUGCGCGGGUGGCCCGGGCAGACCCCUGACACGGGCUUCACCUUCUCUUGGGACCCGACGUGGCAGCUGCGGUGUCGGGGCAGGGACGAGACGAACUACGCUGCGACGGACAACCUGUGCCCGCUGGAGGACUUCCGGCGCUACGUUACGUGGACGGUGGGGACAGACCCGCGCGGGAUGUGCCUGCUGGACGUGGCGACGUCUGCUGUCCUGAACUGCCCGACGGCUGAGGCGGAACAGACCGUCGGCGUGGCGCUGUCCGAGUCGUGCUCGCUGUACCGCGCGGUGUGCCCCCAAUACGCGUGCGCACCUGGCUACGUGCUGUCCGCGUCGGAGUCGCGUUGCACGUGCGCGUCUGCUGCGUGCCUGGUGUCGCGCGGUGGCGAGGGCAAGGCCAAUGUGUCUGUGACGGUGAGUAUGCCCGGAGUGUCUCGAGGCGCUGCUGCCGGCAUCGCGAUGGCGACGUUCUCCGCCGGUGCCCUUCUUGCCGUUGUGAUGACGCUGAUCGCGCUGGUGCUGCUGCGCUGCAGCGGUGGCAGUGCGCGCUACUCGGGGCCCUGCGGCAAGUGCGUGGCGCGUGGCGAGCCGACGCGUGAGGCCAUAUAG